AUGCACCUCUCUAAUGGCUUCGGCCUUGUCGCCAUCUUGUAUGGCGUCCAGGUUGCCUGGGCGGCCGACUUCUUGCGAAUGGACUCGCUUGUUUCGUGCGCCCCCAAUACCCAGGUCAAGGCCAGUCUGUUCAGUGCGACCUACACACCGGGAAACAAGUCGGCGACCGCGGGUUUUAGUGUCGACACCAGCAUCGAUGGCUAUGUGAAUGUGGAUGUGGAUUUGAUCGUGUACGGGUACAAGGCAAAGACCCUGCACAAGACGGGUUGCGACUUUCACCUCCAGUCGCUCUGUCCCAUGAAGCCGGGCCCGCAGAAACUGCCUAUGGGUGCGCUUGAUAUUAACUCUGAUAUGACUACCUCCAUUCCAAAUAUUGCUUAUACAACACCCGAUAUCGAUGCGCUGGUCCGCCUCCACCUUUCAGACCGUGAUUCCGGGAAGAGCUACGGGUGUCUCGAAUCCCGUCUGACCAACAGCAAGACCGUCAACCAGGCCGGUGUGUCCUGGGCGCUGGCCGUGAUUCUGGGUCUGGGGUUUGUCGUUUCGGGAGUGAUCUCGCUUCUCGGCCAUACCAACACCGCCACGCAUCUCGCAUUUCGAUCUCUCGCAUUCUUGAGCUUCAUGCAGACCCAGGCUCUGUUUGGGAUGAGUGCGGUUGAGUUGCCGCCCAUUGUGCAGGGCUGGACGCAGGUUUUCCAAUGGACCAUGGGGAUUAUCCACACGGACGCCCUGCAGACCAUCAGUACCUGGUACCAGCGCUCGACGGGCGGACACGCAGACGACCUGUUGCAGAACCUGGAAACCACCUCGGUGAAUGUCAUGAAGCGGAGCUAUCUCGAUGACAGCGGGCAGGGCCAGGUGACGCUCCGAGGGAUUGAGCGCGUCGGCUUCAAAGCAUCGAUCGAGGCGAGCAACAUCUUCAUGACAUCGUAUCUGUUCUUCUAUUUCGUGGUUCUUGUAGUUCUCAUCUGCGUCGCGCUCGUCCGGUUUGGUCUGCCCGUUCUGGCCAAGAAGUCUCCCAAGGUCGACCGCGCUAUCAGCGACACCACCGAAUGGAAGGCCGUCACUCGGGGGACUCUGUUCCGACUGGUUUCGAUGGGGUACCCGCCCAUGUGCGUGCUGUGUCUGUGGGAGUUGACCCAGAAGGACUCGCCCGGAGAGAUCCUGGUGGCCAUCGUGAUGUGGCUGAUCCUGUCCGCACUUAUGGGCUGGGCGACUUUCCAGGUCUUCAAGCGCGGCCUCCGGUCCAAGUCGAUGCACAACAGCCCCGCCUACAUGCUGUACUCGGACCCGGCGUGUCUGAAGAAGUGGGGGUUCCUGUACGUCUACUACCGCGCACCGGCCUUCUACUUCACCGCAGCGGCGCUGGCGUACACGGUGAUCAAGUGCAUGGUGCUCGCCUUCGGACAGUCCUCGCCCAUCGCGCAGGCCGUGGUGAUCCUCAUUCUCGAGAUCGCCAUGUUGGUCGCCAUCAGCAUAAUCAAGCCGUACAUGAACAAGCCGACGAAUAUCUUCGCCAUCGUCGCCGCCACCAUCAACUUCCUCAACGCGAUUUUCCUCCUCAUCUUCACCAACGUCUUCAACCAACCCGAACUGAUGACGGGUGUCAUGGGCGUGCUGUUCUUCAUCUACAAUGCCAUUUUCACCUUGAUUCUGUUGUGCUUCGUGCUGGUCGGGCUCUUCUUCGCCCUCACUCACAAGCAACCCGACAGCAAGUACCAGCCCCUUGCCGAUGACCGCGGCUCGUUCCGUCUCUCUAGCGGCGGCGGUCGUAUGACCACCGAGUUGGAGUCGCUGGAGAAGGUCGCGCGUGGCGAUGGUUCGCACCCUGGAUCACGCGAUGGCUACAGCAGCCACAGUCGGGUGGAGAGCGUCGACGACUUCGGCAUGGGCACCCGCAGUCCUACCCGCAGCCCAUACCGGCCAUACCGAGGGGAUGUGGUAGAUCCAUCUGUGCCGCUGGUGCCUAGCCAUGAAAAUGUGGCCCGGCGCUUCUAG